AUGGCAGAUUUGACCGAUUUCGAAGCCAAGUUCCAGGUUUUAACCCAAGUUGAUGGUUCUGCUCGGUUUGAGAGCUUUGGGACGAGUGUACUAUGUUCAGUGACAGGUCCAAUCGAACCCAAAGCUCGACAGGAAUUGCCCACUCAAUUGGCAUUGGAAAUCGUCGUCCGUCCCAGUAAAGGAGUGCCUACAACAAGAGAAAAACUAUUAGAAGAUAAGCUCCGUGGUGUGCUCACUCCAGUGUUGGUUAGAUACCUGUACCCGCGUCAACUUUGUCAAAUAUGUUUUCAGAUUUUAGAGAGCGGUGAAAAUGAGCAAUUUCACAGUGUCAGAGAACUGAGUUCCUGUAUAAAUGCUGCAUUCCUAGCAUUAGCUGAUGCUGGAGUUGGAUUACAAAACUGUUUUGCGAGCUGCUGUGCCGCUGUGAUCUCUAAUGCAGAUCAAGAUGUCCUUAUAAAUCCAAGUGCCGAACAAUUGAGAAAUGCUUCUUCAACGCACGUACUGGCGUUCGAUUCCGAGAACGGGAGAGAGCCGGAUUCACACUUGCUUCUGCUCGAAAGUAGUGGCGAUUUUGAGGAAGAGACCUUGAACAAAAUUCUUGAUGCUGGCGAAAAAGCUUGUUUGCAGACUGUGCAGAGGCUACGCCAGGCCUUGAAAACCAAAGUCGAACAAGAUCUUGUAUGGCGGACUUGA